AUGCCGACGCCGCUACUGGUGGUGGGCAGCACUGUUCGCGAUUUUUGUAUGCUAGAGCGAAAUUUCUUGACACAUAUCAAACUUGUCUUGUUGUUGAUGCUUAUGUUCUCCUCGGCAUUACUUGGAAUCCGUCUUCCAGGACCUCCUGGCACGGGACAGGGUGAUAGCUUGGGGUCUGCCGGUUUACCCCUUGCGAUCCUUCAGUUUAUCGCUGCCCUGCUGACAAUCGCUGCAGCGUUAUGGGAGUACCGUACAGGUCUAGAUGACUUGAUGAAAGUUAGGGCCUUCUUCGUUGUAAACAGAGUUCACCCUAUCAUUAUGGCAGCUGUCACUUUGAUUAUCGUGGCUACCUGUAUCGUGUAUGUGGUCACAAGUAGUUAA